CUCGAGGAAGUGAACGCCGCGGCCGGCGAGUCUGUUAACCUCACCUGAGCCUGCAGCAGUACCUCCGCUUUUCUCCCAGCCUGGCGGACGCUGACUCGAAGGGUGACGGUUGACGUUCGCAAGAUUGUCAUGGCCUACCCGGGAUACGGAGGAGGGCUUGGAAAUUUUAGCAAUCAGAUGCAAAUGGGACAGCCAUUGCCAGGAACAGGGCCAGCUGUGCUCCCUGGUGGAUACCCUGCAUGCCCAGCUUAUCCGGACAGUUAUUCCUCAGCUGGAGACCCCAUGUGGACAUACUUCACUGCUGUUGCUGACCAGGAUGGUGAAGUGGAUGCUGAAGAACUUCAGAAAUGUUUAACACAGUCUGGAAUUAGUGGAACUUUUUCUCCCUUCAGUUUGGAAACCUGCAGAAUUAUGAUUGCCAUGUUGGAUAGAGAUUACACAGGAAAAAUGGGAUUUAAUGAAUUCAAAGAACUUUGGGCAGCUCUUAAUGCCUGGAAGCAAAAUUUCAUAACUGUUGAUAAAGACGGAAGUGGCACAGUAGAGCGUCAUGAAUUGAAUCAAGCCAUUGCUGCUAUGGGUUAUAGGUUGAGUCCUCAAACAUUAACUGCUAUCGUUAAACGUUAUAGCAAGAAUGGCAGAAUUUUCUUUGAUGAUUAUGUUGCUUGCUGUGUGAAGCUUCGAGCAUUGACAGAUUUCUUUAGGAGAAGAGACCACUUGCAACAAGGGGUUGUGAGUUUCAUAUAUGAUGAUUUUUUGCAGGGCACUAUGGCAAUUUGAAAGUCUAGAAUUUGAAGGCUGAAGAAAUACUGUGAAUUUCUGUGCUUGGAAGAAAUGAACUGAACUACUUUGAAUUAAAGCUUUUGGGGCUUUUCCAUGUUCCUGUCUGUUAAACUCUUCUCUUUCUAUGUGUUUUUACUUUAGCUCACCAUGCAAAGCAGUAAAAGAGAUGUUUUUGUAUUUGUAAUAUUUAUAUAAAUAUAUAGAAAUUUAUAACUUUAGAGAUAUCUGCAUAAUAAAUAUUGGUAUAUGAUUAAGUGAUAUAAAUACCUCUUAGUUUUAAUUUUCUUUCUUACUUACAAGAUAGAUUAUAUAAGAAGCUAAAUGAUGAAAGCCUAGAUAAAACUAAUUUAUACUUACCUGAAGGUUACAAAUUAUACUUGGAAAUUUUGUUUGUAGUUGUUGGUAUUUGAGGGUGAGCCAGAAGGGGAAGCCUAGAUUUUGCGCCAUCUUUGUAAUAGGGUUUGUUCUUUGAUCACAUAAUCAGAGAACAGAAACUCAUGAGUCUUUGCCUGUGAAGAAGAAAGUUGUAGUUCCUAAAAUUUUAUCUUAAAUCACCUUAGGUGAACCAUAAAUUAAACUAUGGUGAAAUAAAACUACAGGAGGCAUUGUUUUUCCUUUUUUAAGUUUUUGCAGUAUAUAUUUUUCUUCAAUAUGUUUUAUUGUCUUCUGUGGAAAAAAAUUCUUAAUAAACAUAACUUUUUUCUCUGCACUUUAUAGGUAACCUAAAAUGGCAUCUUUUUCUAAAUCUAGAUUUUCUGGAAAUGACGUAUUUUUAAUGCAAUGUCAAUAUUUAAAAUUGUCCUUUUAAACUAAAUUGUUUAUACAUAAUGCUGUUAACUGUUUAGAAAGUUUAAAAAACUCCAGUAAUCUACCACUUUGUUUAAAUGUUCAGAAAUUAUAAGUUUGACUUUCUUGACAACAUUAGCCAGUGAUUUUGGCAUUAGUAAACCAGUAAGUCUUUACCACUAAGUGUAAUGUGGGUCCUAAGCAUGGUAGGCAUCAUGGAAGCAUUUUUGAGUGGUGUUACUACAAAAAUUGCAAAGUGGAGUCACCAGGUCCUUAGCAUUUAAGAUUCCUGGUAUAAGCUGCUGAAGUUAAUCUGGUCCCUUUCUGGGCAAACACCCCGAAGUCUUUCUUAAUGAAGUUUUAAUAAGCCACAUAUUUUUUUCUUACACUUUAACUGAAUAUCUUCCAGCUUAAAGGUGCAAAUGGCAUAAUUUUAAUAUGGCUCGUGACCAAAUUAAUAUAUAGUUUUUCAUUAAAAAAUUUUUCAUUAAAAAUGGAGGAUGAAUGGUAGUAUCUUGAAAAAAAACCUUUUAUAAACUUUCACUUUAAAAAAAUCCUAGGGCUUCCCUGGUGGCGCAGUGGUUGAGAGUCGGCCUGCCGAUCCAGGGGACACGGGUUCGUGCCCCAGUCCGGGAAGAUCCCACAUGCCGCGGAGCGGCUGUGCCCGUGAGCCAUUGCCACUGAGCCUGUGCGUCCGGAGCCUGUGCUCCGUAACGGGGAGAGGCCACAACAGUGAGAGGCCCGCGUACUGCAAAAAAAAAAAAAAUUAAAAUUAAAAUUAAAAAAAUAAAAAAAUCCUAGAAAGGAAGUAAUGUAUAUUCAUGUUGAUAUUGAUAAUUUUAUAUAAUUAGCUGUCAAAUUCAUUUGGUCAGCUUUAUAAAAAUGUGUGAAUAAAUAAUCCAGGUAAUUUUGUCCUCUGGCUGUUAAUUUUUUUUUUCAUGAACAUAUAUUUGAUAAUGUGAGAGCAUGUUAACUGAGUCAUAAAAGAUAUAGAAUUCUAAUUAGAAGUGUUGUAGGAAAAAGCUAAUGUAAACACACUGUAUAUCAUUCAUGUUGAAUAAGGGUGAUACUAUGACUCAGUAGCAUGGAGUCUUAACAUCCAGUUUAUACAGGUGGUUGUUACUGUCCUAUUCUGAGGUCAAUUAUAAUUUUCCUUAUUUGGAUGCUCAUAGUUGAGGUAAAACUUUUAAAAUGGCUUGACAUGACUCAUAUAAGUUUUGCCAAAUGACACUUUGUGUUAGAAAUUCUUCACACAAUUCUCUAAGUCAUCCUUUUCCAAAGGUGUUCCUAUGACUUUUGGUCAUAGGAAGUCUGUGAAGAAGGAGUUUCCAUGACCAAACGUAUUUGGGAAAGUCUCACCUUCCUCAGGGAGCUUAAUAAAGCCUAAGGUACAGAAAAUCUCAUUUAAUUUUAUUUGACCCAGUUUUUUCUGAACUUUUUUUUUUUUUUUUUUACCAUAGAACCCUUCCUCUUAGCAAAACUAAUGUUCCAUGCCAAUCCAACCCAGUUGUCAGACAGUUCUUUUGCACUUUACAUUAGAUAGAUAAUUACAUAAACAUUAGCCAUAGAGAAUAUAUUACUAGGAUUUUUUUUACUGAAAUGCAAUUCACAUUUUUGAUGCUUUAAAAUAAUUAAACAGACAUCCAUUACUAAGGUAAAAAUUAAAUAGUUUUACAGGGAGUAUGACUGGAAUAUGAAUAUAGUUUGGUAGUUUGUACUGGUUAACUCAUGCCCCAGUUUUCUUACGAUGAUGUAAAUUAUUGAAUAAUGUACACUCUUAAUGUCUAAGUGCUUUUAUUUAUCCAAUAAACAUGUUUCCAUGUCAUUUUGAGAAUUUUUUUUAAUAAACAUUCAAAUAGCUUGCUGUAAAGUUUUGCAUCAUACAAAAUCUGUUACAUAUAUAUUAUGAGAUGCUUCAGUUCAAAUAACAGUGCAGUAAUUCACCUAUGCCUAAAAGACUGCCAAAUGAUUAAAUGUCAGGUAUUACACUUCUAUUUCUAGUGGCAGUUUACACAUUUUAAAUUACAUCAAGGGGAGAUUAAUACUAUUGGAAUCUUAAUUUGGUCCACUUUAAAUGUUAUUUCAAGGACUGUGCUCAUUUGAUCUAUCAAGCAUGAAUUCAGAAACAAAAAGUAAUAAAAAAAAAUGUCAAGUGAUAUGUUUAU